AUUUCUCUGCACGAUAAACCCUUACAAGAACUCAUACACCAAACUGAAAACGCUGUCGAGAAGAUGUCUUCCCUUGCCUGCAUACGUCAUGCCCGUCGAUUCUCCACUUCCUCCUCUGUAAUCUCCAUCUCUGCAGCAAAAGCCAGACUCCGAUCAGAGCAUGAUCCAGACAAAGCCCUAGCCAUCUACUCUUCUGUUUCCGACCACUACAGAUCCCCUGUCUCAUCUCGCUACGCUCAAGACCUCACCGUCAAGCGCCUCGCCAAAUCUCGUCGCUUUAGCGACAUCGAAGCUUUGAUUGAAACCCACAAGAAAGAUCCCAAGAUUACCCAAGAACCUUUCCUUGCCACCUUAAUUCGAUCUUAUGGCCUUGCAGGAAUGACUGAUCACGCCCUGAAGACUUUUGAUCAGAUGGAUGAGCUCGGUACAAAGAGAUCUGCUAUAUCCUUCAAUGCUCUAUUGUCUGCUUUUAACCAGUGCAAGAAAUUUGAUCAGGUACCCAAUCUGUUCGAUGAAAUUCCUCAAAAAUAUGGUGUUUCUCCUGAUAAGAUUUCUUAUGGUAUCUUUAUCAAGUCUUUGUGUGAGGUGGGUACUCCAGAAUCGGCUUUUCCAGUUUUGAAAGAAAUGGAAGAGAAAGACAUAGAGGUUACUGCGAUUACUUAUACUACAAUCUUGGAUUCUCUGUAUAAGAAUGGUAAGAUCGAUGAAGCUGAGAAAAUCUGGAAGGAAAUGGUUGAAAAGGGUUCUCCAGAUGUUUGUGCUUAUAAUGUGAAGAUAAUGCAGGCUCACCAUGCGAAACCGGAGGAUGUAUUGGCGCUGAUUGAAGAGAUGAGCUCUGGUGGGUUGAAACCUGAUACCAUCAGCUACAAUUAUCUUUUGACUUGUUACUGUAAGCAUGGCUUGAUUGAGGAAGCUAAGAAGGUAUACGAUGGCCUUGAGGAAAAUUGUUGUGUUCCUAAUGCUGCAACUUUUAGGACUUUCAUGUAUCAUCUAUGUAGAAAUGGGGAUUUUGACAGGGCCUUUGAGGUUUACAAGGAGAGUGUAACUAAAGAUAAGAUUCCGGACUUUGGGACAAUGAGGUAUUUGGUUGAAGGGCUGGUGAAGACUUCAAAAGUGAAGGAAGCAAAGGGAGUGAUCAGAACAGUGAAGAAGAAGUUUCCACCUAAUUUUCUAAAUGCAUGGAAGAAACUUGAGAUAGCUCUCGGUUUGGAUGGGGGAAAAGAGGUGGCUACUAGUUAAUCAUUAUAUCUCAUGGGACUUUUCUAGAGGUGGGUUUAUCUUUUGAGCAAUUCAGUUGAUUUUGUACAAUAGUUGAUGGAUGCAAGAUCGGGAAGCUUGGAAUCUUGGUGUUUUUUCUCCUUUGCAGGUUCUAUCAAUGAAACCAUAGCUGCCUGAUAUAUGUUAGAAUCAGGUAGAAGCAUGUGAUGUUUUCAAUAUUAUUAACCAUACAGGAGCUCUCUUACUGGAACUUGAAUGUCAGUGGAAGCUGAAAGAAAUUAGGAAACACCAAACCCAAAGUUAAAACUUCUUGUGCUUCCAAUCUUAGCUUCUUUAUUUUGGUCAUCGGAGAUGAUCUGUAGAAUUAUGAUUCACUGGGUUAAUAUUCGACCUAAAUUGUAAUGUUCUUUGAAUUCAUGCUAAUACCAAACUUCCAAUGUUUUAAAAGUAAAAUUAUUUCUUCUCAUUGAUUGGUUAAA